CCCCGCCCCGCCCCGCCCCCGCCCCGCCUUAUCUGGCCCCUCGGCCGCGGCCGCGGGAGGCGGCCGGCGGGCAGGGGCCGCGCGAUGUCGCACGGAGCCGGGCUCGUCCGCACCACGUGCACCAGCAGCAGCGCGCCCGGACCCGGGGCUGGCGCGGGGCACCGGGGCGCCAGCCCCUCCGAGGGGCCGCUGGACCCCGUCUACCCGCGCACCCAAGGGGCCCUGCUGAAAGUGGCGCAGAUGGUCACUCUGCUGAUUGCCUUCAUCUGUGUGAGAAGCUCUCCGUUGACCGGCUACAGUGCCUACAGAUACUUCGAAGUGGUCACCAUUUGCAACUUGAUAAUGAUCCUCGCCUUUUACCUGGUCCACCUGUUCCGCCUCUACCGCAGGCUCACCUGCAUCAGCUGGCCCCUGUCGGAACUUCUGCACUAUUUAAUUGGCACCCUCCUCCUCCUCAUCGCCUCCAUCGUGGUAGCCUCCAACAGUUACAGCCAGAGCGGAGUGGUAGCUGGAGCGAUCUUUGGUUUCGUGGCCACCUUCCUCUGCCUGGCGAGCGUAUGGCUGUCCUACAAGAUCUCGUGUGUGACCCAGUCAACAGAUGCAGCCGUCUGAGGACCUCACAGCCUCCGGGCCCGCAGGAGGCCCUGCAGGACGCAUGGCCUAGCAGACAGGAGGGUCAGUGGGCCAGUGACCUUAGGAAAGACUUCUGAACCUGUAUUCCUGUGCCAAAGCCCCACUGGGCUGGUAGGUACAGAAGGGGACCUUCACCUUCCUACUGGGCUCCUGAGCUGCUCGGAACCUGUCUCUCCGGUCAUCCUUGAAGAAUUCCCCAUCUGGGAAAGAAAAUCAACCUUCUUGGAAAUCUGGUCUCUCCCUCCUGCUUUUAGAACUGCCUCAGGGACUGGUGACCCCACUUAACAGAGUGGAGGGGUUUCUGAAUACUCCUGCCUAAAUCUGCCUCUACUUCACAUUCCUCCAGGGAGUGAAGCUGCCUUAAGUCUACCUAUAAAAACAAAGCCAUCUCCUAAUUUAUGUAGCUUGGAAAUCUGGUCUUGAAGUUACCCCUUUCUUAAAAUGAGGCGUGCCUGUAGAAGUACUGUGUGGUCAGCCUGUCCCCAAAGAGGAGACCUCCGUCUCCUUUCCCGGCUCUGCCUUCGUGACAUUGUGUGUACAUGUGCGUGUAUGUAUGUGUGUUUGUGUUUUUAAAUAAAAUAUUGACUUGGCCAA